UGCCUAUCCCCCAUAACGCAUAAUUCAUGCAGUGGCCAAUGAGAUCACAGUUGCCGCUAGAAUAACCCUGCAUGCAUCGAAAACACAUUUCCAAGGACAUACAAAGAGGCAAAGGCAGAUGUCCGUGUUCCACUGAUUAAGUCAGGGGAGCCUGUCCAGGCCUCUCAUGGAAGUCAUCUUCAUCCUGUUGAUCCACCUUUUUGAAGGGGAAGCUCACACCAUAAGGGCACUGGUCGGUGACGACGUCAUUCUGUCGGUCGAUACAAAGACGUCGUCAGACAUCAGCAAGGCUGUAAUGGAGUGGUCCAGGUCAGACCUGACUCCUGAUAUUGUCCAUCGGGGUGAAAACGGUCUGACCAUUUAUGAAGACCAGAAUCCGGCAUACAGAGGCAGGACGAUGCUGUCAGCAGAAGCUCUGGACAGGGGAAUCAUCUCCCUCAAAGUGUUCCACGUCCGACUGGCCGAUGAGGGGAACUACACCUGCCUGUUCAAGUCCACAGAAAACAUGUACUCUGUCCAUCUCCUUGUAGGUAAGACUGCUACCGGUGCAGCCUCCUCCCCAGUCAUAACCCUGGAGGAUUACACCAGCAGCGGCCUGGUUCUGGGCUGCCGGGCUGAAGGCUGGUACCCACAACCAAAGCUCUCCUGGUGGAACGCUGAUGGACACCUCCUGCCCGCCGUAACCGUGACUACCACCCAGGACCCCGACCGACUCUACAACAUUUCCAGCACCCUGGUGGUGGAGAGGAAGAGUCCAAACAGACCCCUAACCUGUAGAGUUCACCAGGAGCUCUUCAACCAGACCAGGGAGACGGAGUGGCACCAUCCUGAAAACCUCUUUCAAGAUUUGGCACAUCCCUGUCGAUAUUUCUUUGGAUUGUUGGCUGCUUCGCUGGUUUUUCUUUUGGUGGCUUUGGUGAUUUUGGCGAUUGCCUGCAGAAUCGUUCGUGGAAACUCCCAGAAACAGAAGGACAUGAUGGUUAUGUCGUGCCAAAAUGAAGAUUUGAGAUCCUAAGACACACCCACACAAGCAACCACUGCCCACAAUGUGCCUCUAGCUAGCUGCUACUGCUCGCUAUGUGUGUCUUGCCAGCUGCCACUGCCCAUUUUGUGCCUCUAACUAGCUGCUACUGCCAUCUAUGUGUCUCUAACUAGCUGCUACUUCCAGUUAUGUGCCUCUAAUUAGCUGUCACUGCAACAGAUUGUCAUCAGGGUGGAAAAUAACAUUCGGAGGGACUAUAAGUUCACUUGAGAUGCAUAUUAUAUUAUAAAUGAAUGGGAAUCUAGUUAUACAUCAGGUAUCUAAUAUGAAUUACAAAACAGGUCGAUCCAACUGCGCAUUGCUAUUGGUUGAGCACCUUACUAGCCACGCUAGUAUAAUUGUACAGGUCUGUGGAAGUCUUCAGGACACUACCAUUAUGGCCUUCUCUUAAGAUAACGUUGAAGCAAAGAAUUACGAGACUCUUCGAUGAGCCUGUGUGUUCGUCAUCCAAUAUGUUUGAGCUAUUUAUUGAUGCAUGGCCUUAUUAGAUGUGAUUGUUCUCACGCAUAUUGGGGUUUUAGUUACAUUUUUGCUAGAUGUGUAUUUUUGUAUUUGUAAUUGAGUAUGACACCAGGCUGCUUGAGUGUUAUCUCCCUUUUGGGGAUGAGGUUGCUUGUAUCAGGUUAGUGAUGUGAUGUUCUGUGCUUUACUAUUUUUUGACACAAUACUUUGUCUAUACAUCAACUGUUAUUCUGCAUGCUAGAUGCCCGUCACCCUGGGGAUUCGUUUUCAUUACUUAAAUCACAAGAAUAGCGUUUCCAUUUUGAUUCUAUUACACCAGGGGUCAUCUACCCUAGGCACGUGUGCCACCACUGGCACGUGGCAGCAUAAUCAUUGGCACACUUCAGAGAAAAACAACAACUUGAAUUUAAAUUUUUUAAUUUAUUAUUAUUUAACAAUUUCACCGCACAAUGCGGCAGCAUAUCAUUACUACCGCAGUGUUCUGAAAUCGGAUCAAUUAAUAGUUUUUAAACCUAUGUUGCGUGUAAUAGAGAAGAAAAUAUUUAAAAUACUGUUGCAAGUGGCCUGUAUGCAUCGCCUUCACAUGGUUUUGCAAAGCUCUACAUGUCUUAAAGAUAUUGAUGUGGAUGGUUCCAACAUUCUCAUAUAUUCUCGUUUUUUACAUUUCUCACAGUGCAAAUAUGUUUUUAAAUGAGUUUCUGAAAGUGGUGUUUAAAGAUGGGACAUGUACGCAUAAAAUGUUGACGCAUGAUUGUGUACUAUAUGGAAUUAAUGCAAUUCCAAGGUCUUCUGGAAAUGUUUUUGGUCGCUGCGUCAUAAUUCAGCUUAAUAUUUUUAUAUAUUGUUGCUCAUUAACGAGAAAAUGUCAAACUGGCACUGCAUGUUGAAAAGGUUGCUGACCCCUGUAUUACACAAAAAGGAGCAGUAGGCAAGAUUAAGAGGAGAUUCCCCCUGCCCUAAACCCCUCCCAAACAAGGGCAAAUAUUGGGAUAUUCCUGGUUGGUAGCUACAAAAUCCAGUAUUGGUGUUUAUUUAUGAUUUUCAAGCCUGAUGUAAGUCACUUCGGGUUAAUGUUCAUCUUUGCAUGGCCCUGCAGUGUGUUCGGUAGAAGGUUUCUUUUGUGGCGGUGGCAUAUUCCUUAGCAGCUAUAAAUUGCUAGUUUCACCCCAUUCACCUUUACUCUCACCAUGGUUAGUCUGCCCUGAAUAAUGUACUCAACCAUUAAUAGUACGUACGACAUGUGGGCUCUUAGCGACGGCAACUCCUGCUUGUGCAACCUUCAUACCAUUGUACACCAAGUGCCCUCCUCUCAGGAUAUCAUCCUUAAAGCAGGUCGGACUUUUAUCGUGUGCCAAUGUCUCGCAGUGUGCUACAUAGUCCGCCAGUGUACUUUCACACUUGCAUGUCCUUACAUUAAUGGUCCCGAGCCGAAACGUAUGACUCUGAUUUUGCUCCAUUAGUAUUAUAUUGGAAUAAAUCACUAUAUCCAACUUAACUAUUAACCCUAUAGUAAACGUGAAUUAUCCUAAAAUAUAUAUUUGUAUUAUACUUUUCUUAAUGUUAAAUUAAUAACAAAAGCCUUCCUGUCUCAAAAAGUGGAUAGUUUUAAGAAGCGGUAGUGAACCGGUAGAUUGAACAUUUUAAAUGAAAAAAAUCAAUGUAAACAUAUAGAGAAAUGAUUCUGUGUAAUACAAUCACUCUUUAUGUGUCUGGAGACCAUGAGCAUUCGCAGACAUUCUGCUCCAAGAACUCAACAUAACAGUUUGAUAUACGGAUACUUGCAUAACAGUUUAACAUAAAAGGUUAUUUUGAACCGAUAUUAACACAUCAGUUGACCAUGCAUGGUUAUGUUUAACCAAAGGAAUCUUUUGUUUUGUAAGCACGUUGUGUGUGUGUGUGUGUGUGUGUGUGUGUGUGUGUGUGUGUGUGUGUGUGUGUGUGUGUGUGUGUGUGUGUGUGUGUGUGUGUGUGUGUGUGUGUGUGUGUGUGUGUGUGUGUGUGUGUGUGUGUGUGUGUACUUCUAUGCAGUUUUAAUGUCCCUAUUUUAUUUGCCGUCUUAAGCUUUCUAUUUUUUGAUUUAACAGCACCUUUCUUGCUUUGAAAAGCCCUAUACACAUUUCAUCACAUGUACUUAAAAUACAAAGCUGCAUUUCAUUCUAAAGUGAAUAAAAAAAUAAUUGAU